AGAAAAAGUGGUUAGAGGGAAAUUAUGUACAAUGAAAAUCUUGACAUUUUACGAUGAUAGUAAUGAUAAUAAUAAUGACGGUGGAUAUCGUAACAAUAAAAACACGAUUAAUGAUGACGUUAACUAUAAGUUAUAUGUACAAC